CUUUUACCGGCCGAGUGCCUUUACAGUUUGACGUUUGAGGUUAUGUCGCUAUUUUCAAAUGUGAUUUUUGACGAAUUUUCCCAAUUAAGUGCAAUUAUAAACGUGCCAUAAAGUAACCCAAAUCUGAGUUUGAUGAUUACGUGACUUGUCUUUGAUUUUCCGACCCCUAACCUCAAAAUGUUCAAAAGUGUCUCUCGAUUGAUUUCGAACAACUUUUACGUAUUUCUGGGACUUAUCAUCGGUUUGUACAUAUCGUCAUUCCUGUCCGACUCUUUGGAACCACUAUGUGCCUCAAAGAACAACCUCAAAGUGCCUCAAGACGUAGUUAGCAAUAAAGUGACACCAGUGGCCCCCUCAACCAAAUCAAGUGCCUCAAAAAAGGCGAAGUUAGUAAGACCUCGGUAUUAUUCGACUGAAUUGGGGAUCAGGGAGAAGCUCUUCGUUGGGAUUUUCAGUUCGGAGGAGAAAGUCAACUCACAAGUGGUUCAUUUGAAUAAGACAAUAAGUCACUUGGUUGACCAGAUCAAAUUUUUUAUUACGGCUCAAUACAAGUUGAAAAGCCGGUUUAACUUGAGCGGUUUGGUCGGUUUCACCGACACUAGAGCCAGGUACAGGCCGUUCCAAGUCCUCAAAUACAUUGGAGACAAUUUUCCACAAGACUACGAUUAUUAUUUCCUUGCUAACGACUAUACGUUCAUUAAUGCGCACCGACUGACCGACCUGGUGAAAAAAAUCAGCGUUAGCAUGGACGUGUACUUGGGAGACCCCGCCCCUGACUCCUCCUACUGCAACUUAGCCUCUGGCAUCGUCCUAAGCAACUCUGUGAUAAAAGCAAUGAGAGAACACUUAGACUGGUGUGUGAUUAACGCAAUUUCGGACGAUCACAGCGAAAACCUCGGCCGUUGUGUCCACCACAGCAUCGGUCUGACGUGUCAAAAAACGCUCCAAGGCCAAAGUUUCCACACUUUUAAACUGCGACACUUUGAGCUCGAGAGACACUUGCUUCAGCUAGCGGAAAAGCCCGAAUUUAAUCAAGCAAUAACCGUGCACCCCAUUCUACAGGGUGACAGCUUUUAUCUGCUCAAUGCCUAUUUCCUUAAACAACGUUUGGUGCAAAUUAAGCACGAAAUUGAUGUUUUGAGCGAGGAUUUGGACGAGGUUUGGCCCCCGGGACAAAGGCCGGGGGCGAAGCCCGCCACAAGGUUUGACCUCCCGAGACAGUUGUAUUUCAAUAUGAGUCAUGUGUUCUUUCCGGAUGAUUUUACCAACGUGAGGGCGCACACCAUGGCCGAGUUGGGCGAUAUUGAGAAUGUGAUCGAAGAAGUUACGGUGAAAGUCCACUCCGAGUCGCCCAAACGGUUCCAAUUCCGGCGCCUAAUCAACGGUUACCGGAGUUUCGAUUUAAGUCGCGGCAUGGACUACGCCCUCGACCUCGGUUUCCGGGAUUUAACAACAGGAAGAGAGGUCGUGAAGCGGUUUGAAGUGUGCAAACCGCUCGGAAAAGUCGAAUUACUUCCGGUGCCUUACGUAACGGAAAACUCCCGAGUUACCAUAAUACUUCCGGUUCAAGAAACGGAACUUGAGGCCAUCAUGGACUUCCUCCACGGUUACACCAAUACGAUAAUGGACCGCAAGGAGAAAACGUUCCUAAUGUUGGUACUACUGUACCAGCCCAACUCGAGUAAUAAAGGCACAAGUGAUGUUUUCUACGAUGUUAAAACGUACGCUACCAAAGUAACAAGCAAAUACAAAAAUGAGGACGUUAAGAUUGCCUGGGUGUCGGUCAGGCUUCCAUGGCCCACUGCGACCGACUCCAAAGUGAUGGGUUUUGCGGUUGUGGACCUGGCUUUGCGCAAAAUUGGUCCAGAGAGUUUAGUUUUGGUCCUCGACCCUUACACGAACAUAUCUAGCGAUUUUCUAAAUCGCGUCCGCAUGAACACUAUUGCGAAUUUCCAAAUUUUUAGCCCGAUUCCCUUCAAGCAAUACGACCCGAAGGUGUCACAAGUGCCAACUUUGGAAAUAAAUAAAAACAACGGUCACUUUGACCGCGAUGAUUAUACGUAUGUGUCGUUUUAUGGCAAGGAUUACAUCGCGGCUCGUAAGCAACACCAGAAAAAACUACCUCUCAUACGAAUUGAUAACGACUUGAGUCAAGUGCUCCGUGACGAAUUUAAGGAUUUUACAGACAGCAUUUUCGGUAUGUUUGUCGAGUUUGGGGGCGAGUUACACGCACUCCGAGCCACCGAAAUGGGUUUGAAGGUGAAGUACAGGAGUGGGCGGGGUUUCAGUGGCAGCUCCGCCCAGUUGGGGCGUUUGAUUCUGUCUCGCAUUGACGAGAUUUUGUGAACGAAAUAAUAUUGCAUUGCAGUAUGUGUAUUUAUCAAUAUCAUACAUAAUAUAUAUUCUGUAACAAAUA